GAGAGCACCAUGAAAAGAAUGUCUCAGACAAAAAGAUAUUUUUGUCAGAGGUCAUGGAUGUCAUGCCGAUAACAUCACGACCAGGAUCGUUUUUGUUACCAUAUGCAUAUAUGCUUGGUAUAGCAACUGUAUUCGAAGUCCCUGAAGUAUCAGUACACUUCAAGAUGCUUUACGUGAUCAUCUCUCUUCUUUUUGUACUUUUUUCCAUGUUUUGUGUCUAUGAUUGCAUUAAACCGCACAAUUUUCCUCCUGGUCCAAAAUGGCUUCCAGUGAUCGGUUGCUUCCUCACGUUUCAUCGAUUGAAACUGAGACACAAAUACGCUUACUUGGCUUUCCAAAAUCUGACGAAAACCUACGGGCCGAUUUUAGGCCUGAAAUUAGGAAACCAGAAAGUCGUUAUAAUUUCGACGCACGAUCUAGUAAAGAAAGUUCUUCUUCAGCAAGAGUUCAACGGAAGACCUGACGGAUUCUUCUUCAGAGUUCGCGCGUUCGGAAAAAGGAAAGGAAUUUUAUUCACGGAUGGACCAAUGUGGUCUCAAUGUCGCCGUUUCACAAUGCGCCAUCUCAAAAACUUUGGACUAGGGCAAUCAAUUAUGGAAAAACAGCUGAUUGUCGAAGCUGAAAAUCUCACGAAUUAUCUUCGUCAUAUCAGUGCCAAAGGUCCAGUGUCAAUGCAUACAGUUUUUGACAUUGCAGUUCUGAAUUCUCUCUGGUGUAUGUUCGCUGGUCACAGGUUUGACUAUGGAAACGAGAAAUUGGUAGAAAUUCUCGAAACUGUUCACGAUGCCUUCAGAUUAAUGGACACAAUGGGCGGCAUUGUUUCGCAAAUGCCAUUUCUACGCUUCAUAGUACCAGAAUUAUCUGGUUACAAUGAUUUAAUGAGAAUACUUCAGAAGCUUUGGAGUUUCCUAGACGAAGAGAUUAACAUCCAUGAAAAACAAUUGCUCGAGAAUCAGCCACAGGAUUUGAUCGAUGCUUUUCUUUUAGAGAUUCCGUCAAAAAAUACGGAACCAAGUGAUACCAUUUUUGAUCGAGAAAACUUGUUGGUUCUGUGCAUGGACCUCUUCUUAGCUGGAUCGAAGACUACAACAGAUACUUUAACUACUAUUUUUCUAUUUUUAUCUUUACACUCUGAAUGGAUCAAAGUGCUCCAGGAAGAACUGGAUAAUGUCGUAGGCAGAUCACGAUCUCCUACUUUAGAAGAUUAUUCAUCACUACCUCUGAUGGAAUCGUUUCUUGCGGAAGCACAGAGAUUUUUGAUCUUGGCGCCACUUGGAGUCCCUCACAAGACUAUGAAAAACGUAACUUUGAACGGAUAUAAUAUACCUAAAGAUACUAUAAUUCUUUUGGAUUUCCAUAGUGUAUUAAACGAUCCAGCUUACUGGGAUCAUCCAGAAAAAUUUCAACCUCAACGAUUUCUCGAUGCAAAUGGUCAAUUCUGCCAAAAUAAUGCCAACAUACUAUUCGGCUUAGGUAAAAGACGUUGUCCGGGUGAAAUGUUGGCCCGGACAUCCUUAUUUUUGUUCUUCGCCUACGUUAUACAUUUUUUCGACAUUGAAAUUUCACCGGAGCACAGCGAACCGGAUCCAAAUGGACACGAUGGUUUCACCAUAUCACCAAAACCUUAUUAUCUAAAGCUUACGGCAAGAUCUGACAUUAUAAACUGUACUGCAUCAUAAAUAUUGUAGUAAAAUUUUAAGCGCAAUUCGUUAUUUUAAACGCAAAUAUAAAAACAGGAAAUUAUGUAACUAACAAUUAUGAAUAGAUUCUUCAGUGUCUCUAAGAAUAAAUUCCUGUUCUGUACGUGAUAAAAUAUUAUGGUCUUAGACGACGGCAAUUCAAGAUAACUAAUUAAGCAUUAGAGUCGAGAAACAUGUGUAUUUAAUAGAAAAAUAUUCUUAUUGAAAAUUUUCUAUUUAUCAAGUAAUAGCUGAGUG